AUGUCUCUGCGUCCGUCCACUGCUCCUCUGCGUGCCCCUUUGCCUUCUCCUCCUGAGUCCUCUCCUGCGCUUGCCGACCCUGAGUCGGACUCUCUUCGUGAUGCCAGUCCUACUGUCACGCUUCUGCUUGCUACUGUCGUCACUGACCCCUCGUUUGAGUCCACUGCUGCGUCUGCUCUUGUCGUUGAGCUCGUCGACUUUGCUGCUCGCUGUCGUCUAGACUACGCUGCUAGUCUUGUUGCUGAGUCUGCGUCUGUCUGUCCUCCGUCCGUCGGGGGUGAGUGUGCUCUUGGCACGGACGUCCUAGAGGACAGGCAGGAGGAGUUACAGUGUCUGGCUGCUGCUUCACCUCAUCUCGUGUCUGUACUGCUUGCUCCUAAGGGAGACCCGAAUGCACUAGACAUCCCGACUCCGCGCUCUUACGCGGAGGCCGUAGAGGGUCCCUACUCCUCUCAGUGGCAGGCAGCUAUGGAUGCAGAGAUGGCUUCCUGGAAGUCCACAGGCACCUACGUUGACGCAGUUCCCCCUCCUGGGGCGAACAUCGUCAGUGGCAUGUGGAUCUUCCGGGUGAAGCGGCCGCCGGGCUCUCCACCUGUCUUCAAGGCGCAGUACGUUGCUCGUGGCUUCAGCCAGCGGCAGGGAGUUGACUACUUUCAGACCUUCUCUCCCACCCCGAAGAUGACCACUCUUCGGGUGCUGCUGCACAUAGCCGCUCAGCGCGACUACGAGCUUCACUCUCUCGACUUCAGCACUGCGUUCCUGCAGGGUAGCCUGCACGAGGAGAUCUGGAUGCGCCGUCCACCUGGCUUCACUGGGACUUUCCCUCCUGGCACCCAGUGGAGCCUCCGACGGCCAGUCUACGGUCUCCGCCAGGCACCGCGUGAGUGGCACGACACACUGAGGACUACGCUUGCGGCUCUUGGGUUUGCUCCGUCUACUGCUGACCCGUCGUUGUUUCUGCGCACCGACACUUCACUGCCGCCGUUCUACAUCCUCGUGUACGUCGACGACUUGGUCUUUGCCACCGCGGACACUGCUGGACUCGCCUACGUGAAGUCCGAGCUACUGAAGAGACACACGUGCACAGACCUGGGUGAACUGCGCAGCUACCUUGGCUUGCAGAUCACUCGGGACAGAGCACGCCGCACCAUUACCUUGACUCAGUCACACAUGGUGCAGCAGGUCCUUCAGCGCUUCGGCUUCACGUACUCCUCGCCUCAGGCCACUCCUCUGUCUACUCGCCACUCACUCUCAGCUCUGCCUUCGGAUGAGUCCGUAGAGUCGAAGCACAUGGCUGCAGCGAAGAGGGUAUUGCGCUACCUGUGCAGUACGUCGGGCAUGGGGCUAGUGCUUGGAGGGCGGAGUCCAGUGGUCCUUACAGGCCACACGGACGCUUCUUGGGCUGACGACCAGGCUACGCAGCGGUCGUCACAGGGUUACACCUUCAGUCUUGGUUCCGGCUCUGUCUCGUGGCGGUCUACUCGUUCGUCUUCGGUUCUCAGCUCCAGUUGUGAGGCUGAGAUCUACGCCGGGGCCAUGGCUGCACAGGAGCUUCGCUGGCUCACCUACCUGCUGACUGACCUUGGAGAGCCGCCUCGUUCUCCUCCAGUGUUGUACGUAGACAACAAGGCCAUGCUGGCCUUUUGUCGAGAGCAGCGCUUGGAGCACAGAACGAAGCACAUUGCUCUUCGCUACUUCCUUGCUCGUGAGUUGCAGCAGCGUGGUCAGUUGCGACUUGCGUACGUGGCCUCUGAGGCCAACACUGCUGAUGUGUUCACCAAGGCACUCGCGCCUUGUAACCAUCAGCGCUUCUGCACCCAGCUGGGUCUUGUGCCUGUCUUGCCUCACUUGCUCUCUUCUUGA